UUUCCCUUCCUAGGUCUCUAUCGCGCUAGAAUUGUCAAGUGUUGUUCUUGAAUUCUCUGUGUCGACAUUUUUUUUUUGAUUCCCGUUGGUGGUUGUUGAUUGAAACCUUUCGGAUUUUUAUUUAACGAACUUUUACUAUUUCCAUGGAUCAAACCUAUUCUGCAUCUGAGGCUUACUUAGAGUCUGAACAUGAUGUCUCUCUUAAGCAAAACUGGAAAUCUAUGUCAGCCCAGUCAACUGUAUCCGAAGAUGCAAAUGGUUGCUUCGAUUGCAACAUUUGCUUGGACUCUGCAGCUGACCCUGUUGUCACCCUCUGUGGUCACCUCUUCUGCUGGCCCUGCAUUUACAAAUGGUUUCAUGUACAAAUCUCCAGCAACGAAACCGAAAACACACACAACUGCCCUGUUUGUAAGGCUAGCAUCACUCUCUCCUCUUUGGUUCCCCUCUAUGGCCGUGGCAUGUCGAAUUCAGAUUCUGAAUCCAAGAAGUCUCAUUUGGGUAUAACCAUACCUCGAAGGCCACCACCGUCCAUGAACACUCCGCCCCAUUCUAAUGCAGCCUCUGCAUUGCAUCCUAGUGAGGAACUUCAUCCAAAUUAUAUCCGCUCGCCAUUGCACCGGAUCUAUCACCAACAAUAUUUCCCUCAGGCAUAUGGUAACUUUGCCCCAUACGCACCAUCUUAUCUCGGCAAUGCCAUGGUAACAAGUCUGCUAAACCCGACGAUUGGGUUGAUAGGAGAAACGGUUUACACAAGAAUUUUCGGUAGUGCAGAUGGGAACUUGUUGCCUUACCCGCCUUACAAUCACUCGGUCGCAGGGAAUAUUGGCACCAGAAUGAGAAGACAGGAAAUGCAGCUUGAUAAGUCUCUGAAUAGAGUUUCCAUCUUUCUAUUUUGCUGCUUUAUCAUCUGUCUUCUGUUGUUUUGAACUGGGCAUAGAUGUUUCUUGUAUGGAGAAGCAUCAUAUGAUAUAAAGACAAGCACAGCUAGAAUUUUGCUAGAUGAUUUUUACGGUGAGAAAUCAUCGAUAUGUACAGAAGGCUCAGCUAAUAUCACAUUAUUUAGUAGUUUCUUUU